UCUGAAAGCAGUUGGAUUAAGGAAAACCAACACGAUGCGUGUCCACUGGUGAGAAUGAGCAACGAGAAUACUGGACGACUGGUACUGGGAGUGAGAGAGGUCUUUGCCAAUCCCCACGAUGAGUUAUUCUGGGCUGCUCUUGGUUCAACAGAGGCAACUGACUGA